AUAAAAAAAAAUUCUUCAAGUCCUCUACGAAAAUGUAGAAAUAGCCAUCUUCGAAAAUUUCGCACAUUUUUUCAUUACCGAUGUAUAAUUCUUUUGAAUGGAAGAUAGAAAUAUUGUUGCAUUUUUCACACCCCUCGGUAAUCUGAAAAUCAAAGGAGCCGCCCUAAAACCGAACAGCAGUCGGCACUGUCGGCGGUUAAGCGCAUCAAAGAGAACGUGGAAAACCUAUCCUAUCGUAAAUUGUAAUUGCUACUAAUAAAACACGGAUUACUGUCAGGGAAAUCAGAGGACUGGCAUAAUAUUUAAAAUAUGAAUGCGGCACGUUUGAUGAGUUGCCCUAGUAGGUAUUAUUUUCAAUGGAUGCAAGUAACUAGUUAAAUUUUUUGCGUGAAUUUCGGAAUCGGCACUGGCAGCUCGUCAGUCCUAUUUUUCCGUCCAUGCAAUACACUCAGAAUCGAGAACUAACCACUAUAGAGUUGUCGCCAGUCAUUUUUAAACAUUACUAGUGCAAUUUUUAGUAUAAAUAAAUUUUGUGGGAACUUAUCUUCAGAUCUACUUGUUCAUUCUUUUUUUCGCAAUAUCAAGAAAACGUGAAAGUGGUUGUGAAUAUAGAAAACGAGCAAAGGAAAGAUCAGAAAAAAAUGAGGAACUGGUGAAGAAGAUUCCCAAGAUUGACACCUUUUUACAAAAAGGUGAUAAAAAACAAAAAGUGGACUCGACAGAGCUGAGUGAAAUUCAACAAGAAUUCGAUCAACCUUCAACAAGUGGUAACAACACAUCAAACAAAGCUGAAAGCAUUAUGGAGAUUCCGGAACAAGUGGAAUCUUGUGAAAAUCCGAAAAAAGCUUUUCCAGAAAUUAGCGGCAGUUCAGAUAACUUCAGUUAUGAUCCAGCUCUGUGGGAUGAAAUAACAGAGGAGUUGAGGCAGAAUUUUAUCAAUCGUGGAAUUAAACAAAAUAUUGAUUUAUUAGAUUUUGAAGCUUCAAGAAGGAAUUACAAUGAUCGCGUUCGAUAUUGUUCGAAAGGAUUGUUUAAAACCCGAUUGAAAAAUGCCGAGACUCACACUCGCGAUUUCUUGAUUUACUCUGCCAGCACAGGACGUCUCUACUUUCUGCCAUGCCGUUUAUUCAAUGGAAAAGGUCCAUUUGCAUCUACCGGAUUUAAUGAUUGGAAAAAUCCUAUUACUAUUGAACAGCACGAGAAUUCACAGAAUCACAAAAAUUGUGUCCUAAUUUUACUCCAAAGGCAAAAAGCAGCUGGCCAGGUAGAUGCACUUCAUGUUAAAGAAUACAAGCGGGAAGUACAGUACUGGAGAGAAGUUUUAAAGAGAGUUGUUGCAGCGAUCAAGGCAUUGGCAUCAAGAGGACUUUCAUUCAGGGGUUCGACGGAAGUAUUUGGUAGUCUACAUAAUGGCAAUUAUAUGAUGCUAUUAGAAUUUCUAGCUGAAUUUGACCCUUUUCUUGCUGAUCACAUUGAAAAGCACGGAAAUCAAGGCAGAGGGAACGUCUCUUACUUGUCAUCAUCGAUUUGUGAAGAAAUUAUCCAAAUUAUGGCUACAGAAGUUCUAAAAUCAAUUGAUCAGGAAGUUACAGAAGCCAAAUACUAUUCAAUAAGCGUAGACUCCACACCAGAUAUAACGCAUACCGAUCAACUGGCUUUUAUUACUCGCUAUAAUAAAGAAGAAUGAAAACCAGUGGAAAGAUUUUAAGGUAAGAUUGAGAAAAGUUGUAUUUUUUUCUUAAUGUUUUCUCAUUUACCAAUACUGAAAUGAUGUUACUUUCAAAAAAUGUUUUUAAGUGUAGCUAUUUUAUCAAUUCCAGUUUAUUAGUAAGAGCGAUUAAUGAUCGAAACGUUUGAAAUAACAAAUUCAUUACAUAUUAUAAUAAUUUUGACAUAAAAUUGAAAAUUUGAAUUGAUUUAUGCAAUGUAAUUGUUCUUGUCCACGACUAUUCUAUAAUAUGCACAUAUGAAUUAUAGCAGUGAAUAACUUAUCAGCAUCGUGAUAGACUGACUGACAGUAAGAUCAACCACCAAGCUAUCAGCGCGGUAAAAAAAAAGGCUACUGAUGGAAUCGAUGUCACGUGAAAAUUUUGAACUUCAUUUUGAGCUUGCAAUUUUCAGUGCGAACGCAGAAAAUGUUGUCAUCGCUUUGGAAACUACUCUAAUUUUUGAAAAUGCAGAUUAAUUCGAAUUUUACCCAGGAAGUCGUGGAUAAAAUCUAGUAUUCUACUCACACAUAAUUACUGAUAUUUACUAGGGUGAAAAAUAGUUAUCUUUAUGAGCUCAUUGAAUAAUUUGGUACUAACUUAGGUAAUUUUACUCACAGGAUUUAUACCAAAUCCGGGACACAAGGCUGAAGACCUUUAUAACGCUGUUAUUAAGAUGAUGGAGGAGCAUAAUUUCAAUUUUGCGAAUUGUAGAGGUCAAUCCUAUGACAAUGCGGCAAAUAUGUCAGGUAUAUAUAAUGGACUGCAAGCAAAAAUAAAAGAAAUCUCUCCUUUGGCAUAUUGGAUCCCAUGCGCGGCUCAUUCGCUGAACCUCGUCGGAGAACACGCUGCUGGAUCGUGUAAGGCAUCUCGGAAUUUUUUCUCACUUCUUCAGGAUAUUUACGUUUUCUUCUCAAUCUCGACUGCUCGCUGGGGGAUACUAAUGAAACAUCUGACUGGCCCUUCAGUGAAACGAUUAUCUACAACUCGCUGGUCGGCGAGAUAUGAAGCUUGCAACAGCAUGAACCAAAAUUGGAAAGAAGUUGUCGCAGCUUUGAGUGAAAUUGAUGAGCGGGACAGGUCUAAGACUGGGAGUGAAGCAAAAGGAUUGAAAAUCAAGCUAACAUCUCUGGAAACCGCAAUAAUGUUCGCUGUAUGGAGUCCAGUUUUGGAAAGAUUUGAUAAAGUGAGCGAAGCAAUACAGAAAGUUGGCAUUGGUAUAGAUGAAGUAGUUUUGUAUUAUGAGUCAUUGGUUGAUUAUAUCUUAGGAUUAAGAGAUCAAUUUGAUCGAUUUGAGGAGAGAGCGAAGAUCAAUUCUGGAUUUGAGAAAUAUCGAAGUGAAGAAAGAAGAGCCACAACAAGAACUGUUCCUGCUGAUGAAACUCGAGUGGGACAUACUGCUUUGAGUGGGAGGGAAAACUUCAGAGUAGGGGUUUAUCUUGUUAUAAUUGACUAUCUAAUAAGAGAAUUGAAUCAACGUAAAAAUUGCUACAAGGGUUUUGCUGCGAAAUUCUCCUUUUUAUUAAAACUGCAAUCGAUUAGUUCUGAAGAAUUAGGAGUAGCGGUUACUAAUCUCAUCUCUAGUUUUCCUCAGGAUUCAGAUGAAAAACUCCACGAUGAAUGUUUGCACUUCAAAUCCUACUUAGCACAGUUAGAACAACCUCCAAAAACUCUACACGAGAUGAGUACCUUCAUUAGAAGUGAUAAAAGCUUAGUGCAAGUGUUUCCCUACAUCGAUAUUACAAUUAGAAUGUUUUUAUGCACUUUUGCAACGAACUGUUCAGCAGAGAGGUCGUUUUCAGCAUUGAAGCGAAUUUUAUCCUAUUUGCGAUUUAGCAUGUCUCAAGAGCGUUUGAAUUCUCUGGCCGUUUUGUGCAUUGAAGCUGAAUUGUUGAAAAAAUUAGACUUCGAAGCUGUGUUGCAACAAUUUGCGGAAAAGAAGGCAAGAAGAAAACCAUUAUUAGUUUGAUUAUGAAAGCUGUAAUUUUUUACUAUGAAAUAUAACUCUGAAACAUUA